ACAGCUGUUUGGUUGAUAAAGAAAUGUGGGCGCAAUGUUUUUAAUUAGAAGAUAUUAUAGCAGCGUUCAACGCAUUGCCCAAAUAGCUGGUUGCAACAAACCAGGAGAUACGCUGGAAGUACAGGGCUGGGUAAAGAAUGUGCGACGUUUGAAGAACAAUAUAUUUCUGGAUAUCAACGAUGGCUCGACGAGCGAAAAAUUUCAAUUGGUUGUUCCACGGAAUUUGGAUACGCAGCAGCUAACAUCCGGCGACGUAGUCAGAGCCGUGGGUCGUGUGCAAUUGGCGCCCAAUGGGCAUUACGAAUUGCAUGCUGAGGACGUCCAAUCAAUAGCUGAGGGUCAUCUGCAGGAGGGCUAUCCCUUUUCACCAAAACAGCAGCAUGCACCGGAAUAUGUGCGAGAGCAUCUGCAUUUGCGCGCCCGCAUCGACUAUAUUGCCGCCCAGAUGAGAGUCAGGCACAAGGCACAGAAAGCCAUACACGAUUACAUGGACGAGCUGAAUUUUGUGCAGAUAAACACGCCCAUACUAACAACUAAUGAUUGCGAAGGAGCUGGCGAAGUCUUUCGCGUUCAACCCGAUUCGGAAAAGCUUCUUAAACAGAUGUCGCGGCCAAAUGUGCCCGUGGAGCAGAGUUAUUUCGAUCAGAAGGUCUUUUUGAGCGUCUCCGGUCAACUGCAUCUGGAGGCAAUGUCUUAUGGCUUGGGCAACACUUACACGUUUGCGCCCGCUUUUCGUGCGGAAAAUUCCAAGUCGCCGCUGCAUUUAGCCGAGUUCUAUAUGUUCGAGGCGGAGAUGGUGUAUAUGAAUGAGUUAGAUACGCUGGCGACAUUCAUGGAGUGCAUGCUGAAGGAGAUUACCAAGCGGCUACUCAAUAACUGCGCGUCCGAUUUGCAUUUUUGUCAACGUAGCGCCAAAGCCAGCUCUGACUUGGCGUGGCUGCAGGCGCCUUGGAAACUAAUUAGCUAUGAUGAAGCCUUGGCGAUAGUUGUGGCUAAUAGAGAUAAAUUUAAGACCACUGUUAGCGCGGAUGACGGUUUCAGCAAAGAGCAAGAGCUAUUUCUGGUUGCACACUGCGGAGCACCUGUCUUUGUUCUGAACUGGCCUACUCAACAAAAACCCUUCUAUAUGAGGGUCUCACGCAGCGAUCCGCAGCGCGUUCAUGCUCUGGAUUUGCUGAUGCCUUCGGUUGGCGAGUUGUGCGGCGGCAGCUUACGUGAAUCUGAUGCUGAGCUACUGAGUAAACAUCCGCAAUUACCUAAGGACCUUGGCUGGUAUGUGGACCUGCGCAAAUAUGGUGGCUUGCCGACUGGAGGAUUUGGCAUGGGAUUUGAGCGAUAUCUGCAACUGGUCACGGGAGUUAAAAACAUAAGGGAUGUUAUACCCUACCCACGCUAUCCACACAACUGCAGAAUGUAGGCCAAGGAAUUUAGUUUUA